CGGCGAUUACAUAUCUUGCCAAUUUUCUGUCUGAAGUAUCCACCCCAAUCCAAAUCCGAAGUGUCUGCAUUUUCGGUUAUAAUCUUGAAGAUAUUGGUCGGGUUUAUCCGGUACUCUUGAUUUCAAUCGUUUGCUGCAAGUGUUCUCGUUUGAAGCCACAGUUCCAGCUUCUCAAGAUCACUGUCGUCACUGUCAGUCUAUAAUUUUUCUCAUCCAAGUCCAAAAUCAUUAGGAAUGGUAAUGGAGGCACCACCAUCUCCCCAAAGCGUUGGCAGAGAGUUCGUUCGGCAGUAUUACACCUUGCUGAAUCGGGACCCAAGCCAUCAGCAUAGGUUCUUCAAUCAUCUAUCUUCGUUUAUCCAUGGAGGACUGGAGCCCAAUCGGGAGACUAACCCAAUCAUCGGGCAGAAGCAGAUUCACCUAAAGAUUCAACAGCUUCACUUUAGAGAUUGCCAUGCUAAAAUCACCCAGGUCGACUCUCAAUCAACUUUGGGUGGAGGAGUGGUGGUCCAGGUGUCUGGAGAAUUAUCCAACGCUGGUGAACCGAUGCGUCGCUUUACUCAAACCUUCGUUCUUGCGUUGCAGAGUCCUAAGAAGUAUUACGUUCAUAAUGAUAUUUUCCGUUAUCAGGAUGAGAUUAUUACUGACGAGGACUGUGAUGGAGAUAUGCGAGGUGAAGUAGCAGAGGAACGUUUAGAUCGCCAAGUUUUGGGAGAAGCACAAGGUUUGACUCAGCCAAUUGCUCCCGCUCCUGUCAUUCCGUACUAUGGAGGUGCUGUUCCACCAGCGGGAACUGCCUUACCUUCAUUACCGGCUCAACCAUCAACUGUCGUACCACAUCAACCUAUACACGUACUAUCUGCUCAACCCCAAGUUGGUCAAUUAUCCCAAACUGCUUCUUUGAAUGGACACCCUGACGACUUGGCUAUUUUACAAGGACAUCUUUCCCAAUCGGUACCGCAACCCCUUAGUGCCCCGCUGACAAAUAUGCAAAACCAAGUUCUUGGAAAUCAAUCGCCUGUGAUACCCCAAGUUGAAGAGGUACAAGAACAAGAUCCGGUAGAAGAGCCUGUUAAUGAUGAAGGCUAUGGUGAUAGUUGUGACGCGGCCGUUGAGCAGGAAGUCACCGCGGAACCAGCUUCAAACGAGCCUAAAACUUACGCAAAUCUUUUAAAAACAUCGUCCGGACAAAGUCAGUCUAUUUACCAAGCACAACCAUCACCCAGUGUCUACAGGCCUCAGUCGCCUCCCACUUUGGGAAACAGAGAUUCUGCUCAAACAAACGGAUUGGGUAACAAACAUGCCGGUCCCAGAAUUUCUACUGGACCACCUAACAGGUCUGGAGGGCCCAAUCACAAUAGAGGACCCAGAACAGGAGACGAAGAAGAUCGGCGAAGAUCCCAAUCAUCGAACUUUGGCGGCCAGUUAGAUGCCAAUCAAUUGUUUUUGGGAAAUUUGCCACACUCUGCUACUGAUGAUGAACUAAGAGAAAUUUUUGGGGAAUUCGGGACAGUUGUGGACCUCAGAGUGCACAGUAAACCAGCUACCAAUGGACCUAAAGUUGGUCAGUCCAGGCUUCCUCCCAACUACGGAUUCAUUACCUACGACAGUCAGCAGUCUGUAAUGGCAUGUUUGGCAGCUAAGCCUAUCUUCUAUCCCCGCAAUGAUCCCAAUGGAACUAAAAUGAAUGUGGAAGAAAAGAAAAAUAAGGAGAGGGAUGGCAACCGUCCAUCAUACGGCGUAAACAGUAGACCAGGGAUGGAUAAUAGAAGUGGUGGCCGAGGAGAUGCCCAAAGGCGAGGAAUGGGUCCUGGCGGACCCCGUGGAAUUCCUGGAGGACCUCAAGGAACUCAAGGACCUGGAGAUAGAAAUCGAACGGGAGAUAGAGACAAUCGAUACAAUAAUAGAAGCGGCGGAGGUCCGGCAAACCGUGGGGGACCUAAUAACUACCAGCGACGUCAGUAAGCAGUAAUUUUCGUCCCGAUAUUUCCGAGUCCCCCAUGUUUAAAUGAGUGCACCCGUCCGUUGUGUAGUGUCAAAAAAUGUGUGUUGAAACCGUACUCUGAUAGGCUCGCACAGUUUUUCACAUUAGACAACGCUUGCUAUGUUGCAAGUAUUUUCUUUUCAAAUCCUUUAGGUGCGUUCAAAAUAAAGUCGUUGGGUGUUUUUUAUUUGAAGUAUUUUUCUAGUUAUAAUAAGAGAGAAUGCAGCGUGCGGAUUGGCUUAGAACUCUAUAAUACGCUUAUAUACAGUCGUAAACCAACGCUGCAAGCCCUGGUUUAUGUGGUAUAAAUACCAUGAAUCCGCUUGUAAACUUUAUUAAGUAGGUACAUUCGAUGACAAUUUUCAGUGUUGGUUUAUUUGCCGUUUUAUUUUAUUCGAAGUUGUAAACAUGCAACGUUUGUUAAAAUGCUACAUUUUGAAAUUUGAUAAUCAGUUUAAAAAACCAAUGCUAUGUCGCAUUCGGAGCAAGGGCGUUUGCAUUCAAUUGAGAAGUAUUCCAAUAUGCGCGUUAAUUGAUUGGUAUAGUGAUGGCAAAAUUUCUUGUCUGAUGCUCAGAACUCACAAAAAAUAUGUUAAUAAUGAUUCGUAUAUGCAUUUUUCGAGUGGAUUUGUGUGAUCUAAAUAAGAUGGAAUAUGUAAAAUAAAUCUGUAUAGUUUAUAUAUUCUAUCCUAUUUAGAAAAAAACAUUUAAACCGUAGUUUUCAGACUACGUUUAAUUAAUUAUUAUCAAAUUUAGGUUUAAUCUUUAUCAUACUUCCUUGAUUUAAACGUUACGCUCAUCUAGUUUUACAUUUUUAAUAUGCUGAUUUAUUAAAAUAGUGGUCAAUUGAAGAUACAUCUGUGCAAUGAAUUCAAUUUAAAAAUUAAAAAUCAUGGAGUUUUUUCAACAUUUGUGUAUCUGCAAUUUUAUUUGUUAGAUUGUGAUAAUUACAAUCUUAGUGGGUUUUUAGGUUCUGAAAGUGUUGCUACUGGGUAUACACAUCUGGAUAAUAAGUAAAUAUAUUAUCAGUAAAUCCGAAUUAUACUUACAUAAAUAUAAUUCUUAAUAAACAAUGAAACUAUAAAGUUUAAUUCAGUGUUACUAUGAUACAGUAUUUGCGUCCUCCAGUAUGCGCAUUUUCCUAGCAUAAGUGUUUGGUCUCAUUUUUAGGAAUAAGAUAUGAUUGAUAUAGACUGGUACCUUAUUAGUUGUGUAACAUUUAGUUCAGCCUUUCAAUUUUUGUGGUGUGUUUAAUGAAUACUGAUGAAAUUAUAAGGAGGAUAUAUAAUAAACAAUUUUUAUACCUUGUUUAGUAUCUUUUAUUUGUUCCCAUUUGAGACCAAUCAUGAAUGCUUAAAGUUACUAUUCGACCGAAUAAAUGAGGUUCUUAGCACAAUGUUAAAAUAGAUUUAUAAUGAUAAAUGCGUCUAUAUUAAAGUUGUUUUCUCUUGUACCAUUGCAGUUGUGCAUCUUUUUCUACAAGCAUUGUUAGUCAUUUAUUUUCGACAUUUUUUACAAAUGUUUUGAUAGUCCGUUUGAGAGUGACCACAUGUUGAAUAAAUUCUCUUUAAAUAACUGUCCGUAACACCGGCAUUGUAUGUAUUUUUCUUUAAUCUGUGAUUUUAAAUACAGUUGAGUGUGUAGCUUGUACUUAGCAGUUUAUCCUAAUAAAUUGUUAGUUUUUUUUUUAGAAA